AGUAUUAACUCUAGUGGAACUAUCAUUAUGAUUAUGAUAUUCGACUGUGUUCUCUAAUUUGUUCAACAUUUCAUAUUAAAAUUGUCCUAUAACCUAUAAAUGUGUUAAGUAUCAUGGACACUUGGAUCACCGUGACACCGCGGCUCAAACGAGGGCUGAAAAUCGCAAAUCAAAUAGAUAAUAGUAAAUUUCGAUUACUUAUAAAUCGUAUUUGUCAGUCGCUGCAGUCUAGUAUCGAUGCAAAAAUAUUCAGCGAAGAAGAAGAAGAAAAGUUAUUGGUUUCUUUAGACCUGAAUAAAGAAGAUUUAAUUUCCCUCUUAGAUGCAAUAAUAUCAAUUUAUAAGCAGGCUACGUGUAACAUUAUAAAAUCGCAAAUUUUAGAAAACACUUUGAAGGAUACCUUAAAAACAAACGAUGAUAAGGUUCAAAUAUUUGUGAAUGCAUGGGUCACGUAUGGUAAAUGCAUAAUUGAUAACUUUAGGCAGAAAUCUAUAUUUCCUGUUCAGGUUAAAGAUAUCGAUUGGUGUUUAAAUAUUCAAGCUGCGUCUUCCACUAUUAAGAAGGAUGUGCGUCCAAUGGCAUUAAUGCAAUUGAAUCUGACAGGAGAACAGCAAUCCAAAUUAACUGUUGAAUUUGAUAAAAAAGAACUAACCGAAUUAUAUCAAAACCUAGAAAAGUUACAGUCGCAAUUAGAUGCUCUUAAAUAAGUCUUAAAUAGUUAUUGUUAUUUAAAAUAGUCGUUAAACCUUUUAUAUUAUAUAAAAUAUAUUUUUUAACUUUUCCUAUUUAUUACAAA